AUGAAGACAUUCGAAGUUCGAUUCCACCAGAAGACGACGGCGAAUUCCUCUCGAACAGAUGUCGAUUGGCUUUACUGGAACAUUAAUGCUGAUGCUGUUGCCGAGGUAAUCUCCUUCGAUUUCGGUGAAAAGGUGCUAAGCUUUCGUCCAUCAUAUGACGUACGUCAUUGGAGCAAGGUAUCAUCGUCACAACCAAUUUCAAGCUAA